GAUUUAUAAGCUGUUAACAAAUUAAAUAUUUACUGUUUUAUUAUUCUGCUUUAUCUUAAUUUGAUCGAGUACGAGGCAAAUUGUGCUAUCUCACUUAAUAAUUUUAGACAAUAUCCCCCAGCUCUCCAGCUCAUGUUGAUCUUCAGCAGGUCAGAGAUAUGAAGCCACCUGUCAGGUAAUCUCUCGCCCUAAUUAAGCUACCGUGGCCACAGAUGGAGCCGGGUGGGUGUGCGGGCUGCGAGGAGGAGCGUUCAACGCGCGCGCCGCGCACUUGGUAAACUGCUGGACACUUGGAAGCGUUGUGUUGUGUGUGGAACUACAGGGGGAUUUGUGCAACAGUGUGUUUGGCUUCUACUCUCUUUAUAAUCGCUCAACAAGUGAUUCUAAUACUGUGAUGGAGAGUAACUGCAGUCUGCUUUUCUGCGCGCAAAGAUGCACGAUUCAUUUGCCAGUUUUUGCUUUAAGAAUUGCUUUAAAACUCGAGUGAGGCUUGUGACUUCGAGAAGAAAAAUGUAGCCUUAAUCCAGUUUUUACUGAACAAAAGCCAAAGCCAUGUGUAGAGGAGGUAUGGGUCGCUAUGACGCCUCAACUUCACUCUUUCAGACGCUCGUCCUGGCGCUGCUUUUCGCGCAGGCUCUUGGACAGGUUUUCAACAUGACGCUGUCUGUUAAAGAGGGUCUACCUGCCAAAACCAUCGUUGGAGAUCUUGGAGCCGUAUUAAGCAGACCUAGCACGGGAUUCUUCAUCUCGGAGAGCAGAGACUCAUAUGUUUUCAGAGAUUUGGAGAUAGACGCGGACACCGGCAUCAUCUCCACGGCCGUGAUCCUGGACAGAGAGAGCAGAGAUAAGUAUGAAUUUGUGGCAGCCACUCUCACAGGGGAGAUGAUAAAAGUGAGAAUAAAUGUGGAAGACGUGAACGACAACGCACCUGUGUUUCCCUCUGAGAAAGUGGAUUUGGAAAUAUCUGAAUUAAGCCCACUGGGGAGUCGGUUUCAGCUUGAAGGUGCAAAAGAUCGGGAUGAGGGGGAGUUUGGUACUCAGGGAUACAGGAUCAUAAAGGGUGAGGAAGGUGAGUUUUUCCAUCUGGAUUAUCGCAGUGAGAACCACCUCAGCCUGGAUCUUAUCCUUAGCAGCAAACUAGACAGAGAAACACAGGACUUCUACUUCUUGACAAUUGAAGCUUUUGAUGGUGGGAUCCCAGCCAGGACAGGGACCCUGCAGGUGAGCAUCCACAUUCUGGAUGAAAACGACAACCCUCCUGUGUUCAACCAGACUGAAUACCAUGCCUCAGUGCGUGAAGAUGCUCCUGUCAGAUCUGUCGUGUCUCAGGUGCAUGCCACUGAUCGUGACCAGGGUGAAAAUGGCAGAAUCUUCUAUGAGAUCAACAGGCGACAGAGUGACCCUUAUGAAGUUUUUUCCAUUAAUGAAACCACUGGGUUGGUUUAUCUCAACAAGCCUCUUGAUUUUGAGAUUCACCCGUUUCAUGAGCUCAUCAUCAGUGCAAGAGAUAAUGGUGCUCAACCUGAAUUCACCAGCACUUUUGUGGGUGUCAAGGUGCUUAAUAUCAAUGAUAACAGUCCCACCAUCAAUGUGCUGUUUCUCAGUGAGACGGGAGACCCAGUGGUCUCAGAAGCAGGAACUAUUGGAGACUAUGUUGCCCGAAUUUCAGUGUCAGAUCCAGACCUCGAGGAUGAGAGGAUCACUGUAACACUUGAGGGAGGGGAUGGAAAGUUUACUCUAAAGCAAACAGAUGAUUUUCUAUAUGCCUUGUGUGUUAACUCUGAGCUCGACAGGGAAGAGAAGGACCUGUAUGAGUUGAAGGUGAAAGCAUCAGAUUUUGGGAGUCCUCCUCUGAGUAGCGAGACGGUCUUCCUCCUGAAGGUGUCGGAUACAAAUGAUUGCCAUCCAGUCUUUGAAAGGGAUGUGUAUAUGACCAGCAUUACAGAGGAUGUUCCUCAGGGGAGUUCCCUCUUACAGAUUCAGGCCCAGGACGCAGAUGAAGGCAUCAACUCAGACAUCAGAUACACCAUCCUGAAGUCCAACCAGGACAGCCUGAUCAGCAUUGACCCAGAGUCAGGCCUGGUCACCACAACAGCAGCGCUCGACAGAGAGAUGCAGGCAGAGGUUUGGUUCCUGGUGGUGGCGACAGAUGGAGGGGAACCAGCUCUGUCAUCAACAGCUACAGUCACGGUGCUGGUGGAGGAUGUCAAUGACAACGAGCCAGUGUUCCAGCAGCAGCUGUAUAACGUGUCCAUACCAGAGCACAGCGAUGUUGGAAGCUGCUUUUUACAAGUUGUUGCCACAGACGCCGAUAGCCCUGAGUUUGGUACACUGCACUACUCUCUGUCUGAUGACUUUGAUAGAGUGGACAAACAUCCGCUCUUCCAAAUCCAGGCAUACACAGGAAAGCUGUGUGUCUCUCAGGAUAUUGAUCGAGACGUAGGACAGACUGUCCAUGACAUUCUGAUCAAAGCUGAAGAUCCAGGAGGCCUUAGCGCCCAAACCUACGUACACAUUGAGAUAGAAGACUUGAAUGAUAACAUUCCAGUCUUCAGCCCAGAAGAGUACACUGUGAGCAUAAGCAGCCACACACCGCCUGGCACAGAAGUUGUCAACGUUAUUGCUACUGACAGAGACUCCGGCAGGUUUGGACUGGUCACCUACAGCAUUCUUCCUGGAGACAUGUCCACUUUAUUUGUACUGGACAAAAACACAGGAAUGCUCUUCCUGAACUCCUCUCUGACCCACCUCGGCGCAGCCAUCAUGAAGCUCUUCAUAAUAGCACAAGAUGGGGAGGGCUUAACCUCUGCCAGACCUGCAGAGGUCACUGUCAAUGUUUUACAAAGUGCUCAGGCUCCGGCUGUGUUCCAGAGGUCACGCUACAGUUUUACAGUAACAGAAGGUGCACCACCAGGGACAUCUGUGGGAACAGUGGUGGCCAGCAACCCAACAGAUUCCACAGAAUCUGUUUCCUACAGAAUCUCUUCUGGAGACCCUCAGAGUUUGUUCUCUAUUCAUCCCAAGUCCGGUCUGAUCAGCAGCAUCAAACCUCUGGACCACGAGUCUCAGCCGUAUGCUCUGCUGGUUGUUCAGUCCUACAUCGACACCUCCCCGAUCUACAGCACCACUCAAGUCAACAUCACCAUAGCUGAUAUAAAUGACAAUGCCCCUGUCUUUCCCAAAAAUCGUGACACCAUCACAGUGUCACAAAAUACAAUACCGGGAACAGUGUUGUUCAUUGCUCAUGCACACGACUAUGACAGUGGUGUCAAUGGGAGGGUGCAGUACUACCUGAAAAAUAGCAGAAAUCAACUGUUUGUUAUUGACCAAAACCUGGGAACAGUUACGCUGAAUCAAAGUUUACAGGUGGGCCACCGGCAGCAGUACAGUCUGGAACUUAUAGCUAAAGAUGAAGGGGAGCCCUCUCUGAGUUCAACGCUGACUCUCACAGUUAACAUCGACCAAACUGCUGCAGAGUACAGCUUGACCUUUGAGACACUGGUCUACCAGGUGGAGAUAGGCGAGGGCUACCGGAAAGACUCUCGAGUCAUUCAGGUGAGGGCGCACCGAACCCGUGGAGUUCACAUGUCAAACUCGGGCCUGACUUACUCUUUAGAAGCAGAAACUGGGUUCCCUCCUGCUCCGUUUCGCAUUAACUCAAAGACCGGAUGGUUGUAUCUCUCCCAUAAUCUGGAUUAUGAGACCGAAUCAAGGUAUCGUUUUCAAGUGUUGGCCACAUCCAAGGAGGCCUCACUGGCAAACACCACAGCAACAGCCACGGUGAUUGUGCUUGUGCUGGAUGUGAAUGACAACUCUCCAGUGUUCAGCAGCGAGGUGUACUACUUCACUGUGUCUGAGGGGUCAUCACCACAAGGCAUUGUGGGAACAGUCAGGGCCGUUGAUAAGGAUUCUGGAAAAAACAGCCAGCUGUCCUACAUCCUGCUCUCAGAUGGGAAAUUCUUCCGCAUCAAUGCUAAAACAGGUGAAAUCAUCAACUGGGUGGCAUUGGACCGGGAGCAGCAUAGCCAGCACAGUCUCAAGGUGAUGGUGACAGAUCAGGGUCACCCUCGCCUCAAUGCCACCGCCACCGUUCACAUCCUGGUUGCUGACAUCAAUGACAACUCUCCACAGUUUACACACCUGCCUGCCAGCAAGGCACUGAGUGUGCAAGUAUGGGCUGGUGAACCUGCAGGAUCCUUGGUGACAAACAUGUUUGCCAAAGAUUUGGAUGCAGGAGAGAAUGGAACUGUUAUCCAUUCACUGAUGACAGUGGGUUUAGAAGGUGAGGAUCUUGGGCACUUUGAGAUUGACAGUAAAACCGGAGCGAUCAGAACAACACAGCUUUUCACCCAAAAUCCUGAACCAAACUACACGCUGAAAAUAAUUGCCAAGGACAAUGGAGUUACACCUCACGAGGACACUGCAGUGGUUCAUGUGCAGGUUUAUGGAUUAGAGGAUCUAUACAGCAACUCGGAACGUCAAACUUUGAGACGUUUUUCAGUGAGGGAAGAUACAGAGCCUGCAACAAUUAUAGGUUCUGCCAGUGUUUCAGAAAAAGGCAAAUUUCACUACACCAUCUGUGAGGGUGAUGGCAACAUUCACUUUGGCAUUGACAGCUUCUCUGGUGACAUCUACAUUAACCACCCACUGGACUAUGAGUCUGCCAUGCAAUACUUCCUCUUGGUUCGAGCUGAGGAUUUGGGUUCCACUCCUGGUGUGAACAUGUCUGUGCCUGUCAGCGUGAUGGUGGAGGAUGUAAACGACCACACUCCCUGGUUCCCUGAUAAACUGAUGAUGUUUGGUCUCAGAGAAGAUGCCGCAGUUGGAUCACUGGCCUUUGCUUUUCAUGCCAGAGAUGCUGAUGGGACGUUUCCAAACAGUGCCCUUCACUAUUCUCUGACCUUUGACCCUGAAGUCAGCGGGUUGCAGUCACCAUUUCCCUUUCACAUCAACCCAUAUACAGGGUUUCUGACUGUUGCAGCACCAUUAGACCGCGAGAGCACCCCAUCUUUUGCCUUCACUGUAACCGCUACAGACCAGGCAGAGAGCAAGGACGAGCGUAAAGAGACGUCAGUGACGGCUCAGCUCUUCCUGCUUGAUAUGAAUGAUAACAGGCCAGUGUUUGUAUCAGAGGACACAGUUCAGGUGAUGGAGGAUGCAGAGGUGGGGAGUCUACUGCAUCAUUUUGUGGCUAUAGAUGGGGAUCAAGGUGAAAAUGGCAUUGUCGUCUUCUCCAUUAUUGCGGGAAACAGGAGGGGAUUUUUCACACUGGAGGAGAAUACAGGUCUCUUAUUUCUCUCAACACCUUUGGACUAUGAGACACAGCGUAGGCACCAUCUGACCGUCCGUGCAGUGGACCACGGCCUUCCCUCUCUCUCGUCCACCCAGACCCUCACAGUGGAGGUGGUUGAUGUGAACGAUCAGGCACCCGUCUUCAGCCAGACCAUCUACAAAAGCAGUGUGGCAGAGAACAGAGACCCGGGUGAACCUGUGCUGAGGAUUUCUGCCACUGAUAUGGAUUCAGAGGAGAAUGCUGUGGUGUGGUACAGUCUCCUGCCGGGCCCCGGUUAUGAGCUCUUCAGCAUCAACCCAUACACUGGUCUGAUUACCACUGCCUCCCACCUGGACAGAGAACAGGAGCAACAAUUUACACUCAGAGUCCAGGCACGCGACAGCGGCUCUCGGCCUCUUUCGGCCACAGCCACAGUGUUGUGCUCUGUGUUGGACGACAACGACAACCCUCCAGUAUUCAUGCAGUCACUCUCCCAGAUCAACUUGCCAGAAAAUCUUCCACCUGGGGUCAUCCACACUGCUCAGGCUUCCGACCCAGACCAUGGAGAAAAUGGCACCAUAAAAUACUCAAUAUUAGGUGAGAACUACAGAGGUCGAUUCACCAUCAACAGUCACACUGGUGCUGUCAGUACCAUGCAGGUCCUCGACCGGGAGGAUACACAAAAUUACAGUCUCACCAUACAGGCAUUGGAUCAUGGUCCCAUCCCACUCAGCUCCAUCACCCAGCUGCAGCUGAUGCUACUGGACCAGAAUGAUAACAUCCCCUCCUUUAGCAGUAAGAGCUAUCACGCCUCUGUCAGUGAGGGCCUACCAGCUGGAGCUGAGGUCCUGCGUGUUAGGGCUUUCGAUCCUGAUGAGGGGCUUAAUGGGGAUGUGGCCUACUCCCUGACUGAGGACAACAGCCAAGGGGCGUUUUCGAUUGACGCCUUCACUGGAGUGAUACGCACCACCAGGACUCUGGACAGAGAAAGCCGGGCUCAGUACACCCUCAGAGCUAUGGCCACUGACGGCUGCACUCAGGGACCACUGACCUCUGUGGCAUCAGUGACUGUUCAGGUGGAGGAUGUGAACGACAACAUGCCAGUCUGCGAUCAGACUCCCAUUAACGCAUGGGUUUCCAUGAAGACUCCACCAAACCAGAUAGUUACUACGGUGGUGGCAACAGAUGGCGACCGGGGUGAGAACGGAACUAUACAGUUCAUGUUAUCUGACGAGGAAAAUCUGUUUGACAUCAACACUGAGACAGGCGAGAUUUCACUGAGAAGACGAGUGAGGGCAGGUUUCUCCGGCAGGAAGUUGCAGGUUGUAGUUUCUGACAGAGGACAUCCUGCUUUGACCACCACCUGCCUGAUUUUUAUCCAUCUAAAAGGAGAAAAUGAAGGACUUCAGUUGACCAGCAAAGUGUACAAUGCUACUGUCAAGGAGAACAGUAGAGCUGGCACUUUGAUUGCAAAAGUGGAUGCCACUGACCAAGACAUCAGCACCCAAAGAAUCACAUACAACAUAUUUAGUGGAGACGAGGAUCACAUUUUCUCCAUUAACCAUCACACAGGUGAGAUCCGAGUCCAGAAAGAUAACUCUUUGGACUUUGAGGUGAGUCCUCAGAUCAAGCUGGUGGUGCUGGCUGACAGUGAGCUGCAGACAGCUUACUGCAGGGUCUCCAUCACUCUGCUGGACAUCAAUGAUAAUGCACCACUGUUUGAACAAAGCAGCUACAGAACAUCUGUUUGGGAGGGCCAAGUGCACAACACUUAUGUCAUGCAGGUAUUUGCCUCUGAUGCUGACAGUGGCCUUAAUGGGCUCAUUCAAUACUCCAUCCUGUCUGGUAACCAUAAUGAAGCAUUCAUUUUGGACUCUGCACGAGGCAUCCUCGCCACCAAUGUGUUACUGGACCGUGAGAUCACUCCCUCAUACAAGCUGGUUCUACAGGCGGUAGACAGGGGGAAACCUCCACUCAGCAGCACCGCUACUAUUAGGGUCCAAGUGGUGGACGUCAAUGACAACAGCCCCACCAUUCCUUCCAAGGAGCCUGUUGUUAUAGCUGAGAAUCUACCAGCUGGAUAUGUGGUCACAGAAGUGAUUGCAAAUGACGUCGAUUUGAGUUCAACCAUCAUUUACAGCUUCUCAGAUAAUAGCACCACCAGUGUUCCCUUUGCUAUCGAUCCCUACACCGGUGUCAUUACCCUGACCCGAGCCCUGGACUAUGAGGUGGAGACAGAGUACACUCUGACAGUGUGGGCGUCUGACUCUCUGCACCAGACCUCUGGAGAGGUUAAAGUUCAAGUACUUGACAUCAAUGACAAUGCUCCAGUCUUCACACAAGACUCCUAUCAGGUGGAGUUGUCAGAACUGAUCUCAGAGGACACUUUGGUUCUUACAGUAUCUGCCUCUGACAGAGACGAUGGAUUCAAUGGCAACAUCAGCUACAGACUGCUUACAUCUCCUCUACAAGGCUUUUAUAUCCAGCCUGACACUGGAUCUGUUUUCACCAACAAGCCAUUAAAGGCCAUCUCAAACAGCAACGUGAUUUAUCUUCUGGUUGAGGCAAGAGAUGGAGGCGAUCCUGUACACUCUACUGUCACAUCCAUUGACGUGCUGAUUCUGGACUUCAAUGACUAUGAGCCUGUGUUUGAUCAGGAUGUUUACACACUCACUGUGCCAGAGGACACACCCACCGACACCACCCUAUUGACUCUCGCUGCAGAGGACAAAGAUUGGAGCCCUGAAAAUACCCAUUUGGAUUACGCCAUCAUCAGGGGGAAUGAGGAGAAACGGUUCUGUAUGGAAGUAAAAAUGGUUCCAGUUGACAAUCAACUGAAAAAUGUAGGAAAGCUUGUUCUGUGUAACCCUUUGGACCGAGAGACAACUGAUAGCUAUGAACUAACAGUAAGUGUUUCUGAUCGAGGAACACCUCCACUGAACAGCUCAGCUGUCAUCAUGGUGACUGUGACAGACUGCAAUGACAAUGUUCCCAUCUUUUCCAGCACAGAGUAUCACGCACAGGUGAGUGAAAACAGCCAGAUAGGUACCAGGUUGGUCCAGGUCAGUGCUCACGAUCCCGAUCUGGAUAUCAAUGGCCUUGUGCGAUACGACGUUGUUUCUGGGAAUAGUAAAGGUCACCUCAAGCUUGAUCCCCAGUCUGGCCUUUUGGUGGUCAACCACUCACUUGACUAUGAGGAAGAUUUAAAAUACAUCCUCACCAUCAGAGCAUCUGAUGGCAGCGAAACAUCUGAAAACCAUAAAGUGGCUUUUGCCGUCGUCUUCAUCACAGUUUUGGAUGAGAAUGAUAACGCUCCAUACUUCAUGUUCCCUUCAUUUAACUGUUCAGUAUCGGAGAACCUUCCUGCAUUUACCCACACAUGUUCUGUCCAUGCUGUUGACAACGACUUGGGUCUCUAUGGCCAGGUGACCUACUCAAUUCUGUCCUCCUGCUUCAUGGACUACAGCAGUGGCAACCCAGAGAGGAAGGAGGCAUUUGCCAUCGAUCCCCUCACAGGUGAUAUUCACACCAGACAAACCUUUGAUUAUGAACGAGAAAGUGAGUACUGUUUUGUAGUGGAAGCCAGGGACAAAGGUGACAAAACAGCUACAGCGAGAGUGCAGGUGGCCAUCAAAGGAGUGGAUGAGUUCAGUCCCAUCUUUACCCAGAAGCAAUAUCAUUUUCUCCUGCCAGAAAACGUGAAGCCUGGAGAGACAGUUGGUUUUGUGAUGGCAAUGGACCACGAUGGAGGAGUGGACGGGCUGGUGGAGUAUUCACUUGUGAAUUCAUCACCAUUUUUCUCAGUUAACAAAACAAUUGGGGCUAUUUUUGUGUCUGGGCCUGUAUAUCACAGAAGAGGCAGCCAUGCCACCGAGGACAUGGUGGAACUGAUUGUGUCUGCAGGUAGUCCCAGACUGGGCUCCAGAACUACAACCUGUCUGGUUUUUGUCAAUGUCUCCAGCUCAGCAGAAGCACUAAUUGGUGUUCCCCUUGAUGCACACAUGCUUAGUCUAAGUGUAACGCUUAUCAUGUUUCUCUUUGUCCUUGUAGUCUUCAUGGGCUUGAUUCUCAGGUACAAAGUUAAAGAAACAGCCAUCCGAAAAGCCGCUGCUAUUGCUGCACACUUAAACCACAGCAGUGGCUCAUUCAGUGGAUCUAAUAGCCACACGCAAAGUGCUAUAUCUUUGCAGGAUUUGACACAGUCUAGCAUCUUGGCCACAAAGCCAUGCAGUCAGUCUGACUCAAGUGGCCGUGGAUCAGCAGAGGGUGAGACAGCUGAGGACCAGGAAAUUAAGUGGAUCAAUGAGUAUCCCUGCCGUAAAAGAGACAAUUCCAGCAACCCAGCUACAGAGAUUCCAAACUCUGCCUUACCAGGAGAUAACAUCUCCUGCCACUCCAUCGAUGUAGGACCAGAACACAUAGUAUCACUUAAAUCUUUUCCCUCAGGAUUGGCCAGCACAGAAAGCAUACACCAUUUCAAAGAUGAAGGAGGAGGUGAGGGCCUACUUUCUGAAAUACUUCAAGUGAGAGAUUUAGAAGAGAACAUGGAGACGAAAGGGUACGCCCCCCUUACUGAAGCCCAAGCCCCUACAGAUUCUGUUUCCUCUCUGUUGUGCCUUGAGGAGCAGCUGCAUGGCAGCUAUAACUGGGACUACCUUUUGGACUGGGAGCCACGCUUCCAGACUCUAGCUUGUGUAUUUACAGAUAUAGGGAUGCUCCCUGAUGAGGAGCUUCAAGGCGGCCGCGAGGACUUAGCAGCUGACUCAAGCUGUCUAAUGUACCCGCCACCUCUCAUAACAGGAGUGGCUCAGCCGGGUAUUAGGACUGUUCCUCCUCGAAAGCCAGGCCGAGUGCCAAGCCUGAGCAGAAAGCCCUCUUACCCCAAAUAUGUUUACUCCCCCUUAGCUAGGAACACAGGACUUACCCCAUCAGCUAUGACACCCACAUUCUCCCCCUCACUCUCUUCGCUUACCGUUAGGACCCCCAGUGCCUCACCAGUUAUCUCCGAAACCGGGAUAGGGGGGAUUAGAGUUGACUCUGGGCCCCUCACUGCAAGCCUUUUAGAGGCAGAAAUUCAAGUGUAGAUGCAAACUUUGAGCAAGUCUACAUAUAAAAUUUAAUUUAAUCCACUACUCAUCAUCUGAAGGAUUUUUAAUGGACAGUGCACCAUUUGAUAUAUUCUGAUACAUACCUGGACUUAUUCCCAUCAUUGUCCCACUGCUUUUAUGGUUUUAGAGUCAUGGCUUUCAUGGCCUCAAGGGGGCAAUACAAAGAACAAAAUUCAUAUGGAAUAUACUGAUUUAAUUAUUUAGAUUGAGGUUGAUUUAAUCACUCUCUUCUGUAAUAAAUUUAAAAUAAUAACUGAAAAAGCCUGAAGUCAAGCCUGUCUCGCAUUAUGUUCCUGUAAUGCAAUAUUUGACUAAGGGCAGAUGUUCUAGUCAGCAAUUAAUUACUGAAUGUUUUAUUAUAAACAUGUUCAUAUGUGCAGAAAAUGAAACACUUUAUUUAAACAGUUGGUUGCUACUUCUGAAUGGAAACUUUUUCAUGGUUAGUUUAACUUUAAUAACCAAAGAAAGGCUACAAUUUUCUGUGGUUAUGUCUGUCUUUCUAGAAUCAUUUCUUUUUUACCUCCCUGCUCUUUAAUAUAUUAUGCCAACAAAAUUAACACAAACAGAACUGUGACAAACUGAACUUAAUUUCACUACUUUUAUCUGGAACCUAAUUUAAUAUAAUUAAUCUUUUUGAAGCCAGAAAAUAUUCUUAAUGUAUGCAAACACAAACUUUUAAGUAUCUGGAAAGCUUUAGUGACUUUGUACAGAUAAAAGACAAGGAAUUAUUUUGUUCAAAAUCCUGGCUAUUAUUGCUUUUACUGAUGAAUAGAAAUAAUCUGUUCCUUGUAUGACUGUCUCUGUAUGUGCUGACUGUGAGAGACACCCUGUUAAUAAACAGCACUUUAUGUAAAAAA